GCCUCGCACCGAGCGGUGACGACGUCAGGAGGGAGGGGCCGCUGCGUCGCCAAACAAACGAACCUCGCGAGGGCGCGAGGGCGCGAGGACCCGGAUGAUCCGGCCCGCCCCCGCCCCCCUCCCCAUACAGAGCCGGAAGAGGGCGGGACGAGCCGGAAGGAGGUGAAAUGCUGUCGGUAGACACUCCAAGGCUGUGAAGAUGGCGGCGGCUGCGUGGCUUCAGGUGCUGCCUGUCAUUCUUCUUCUGGGGGCUCAACCGUCCCCAUGGUCGCUUUUGGGCGCAGGGCCGGUACCCGUCGCUGCUGCCGACCGGUCCAAGUGGCACAUUCCAGUACCGUCGGGAAAAAAUUAUUUUAGUUUUGGAAAGAUCCUCUUCAAAAAUACCACUAUCUUCCUGAAAUUUGAUGGAGAACCUUGUGAUGUAUCUUUGAAUAUAACGUGGUAUCUGAAAAGUGCUGAUUGUUACAAUGAAAUCUACAACUUCAAGACAGGAGAAAUGGAGAAAUAUUUGGAAGACCUUAGGGAAAAAAGGGGCUUGUCUGGGAAAUAUCAAACGUCAUCAAAAUUGUUCCAGAACUGUAGUGAACUCUUUAAGGCACAGAGCUUUUCUGGGGAUUCUGUGCAUCGAUUGCCUCUUUUAGGAGAAAAGCAGGAGGCUAAGGAGAACGGAACAAAUCUUACCUUUACUGGAGAAAAAAUUGCAAUGCAUGAUCCAUUGAAAACUUGGCAAGAUGCACCAUACAUUUUUAUUGUACAUAUUGGCAUUUCAUUCUCAAAGGAAUCAUCAAAAGAAAAUUCACUAAGUAAUCUUUUUACCAUGACUGUUGAAUUGAAGGGCCCCUAUGAAUACCUCACACUUGAAGAAUAUCCGUUGAUGAUUUUUUUCAUGGUGAUGUGUAUUGUGUAUGUCCUUUUUGGUGUUCUGUGGCUGGCAUGGUCUGCUUGCUACUGGAGAGAUCUCCUGAGAAUUCAGUUUUGGAUUGGUGCUGUCAUCUUCCUGGGAAUGCUUGAGAAAGCUGUCUUCUAUGCAGAAUUUCAGAACAUCCGUUACAAAGGAGAAUCUGUCCAAGGUGCCUUGAUCCUUGCAGAGCUGCUUUCAGCAGUUAAACGUUCACUGGCUCGAAUCCUGGUCAUUAUAGUCAGUCUGGGGUAUGGCAUAGUCAAGCCUCGCCUUGGAGUCACUCUUCACAAAGUUGUUGUAGCAGGAGCCCUUUAUCUCUUGUUCUCUGGCAUGGAAGGGGUCCUCAGAGUUACUGGGGCCCAGACUGAUCUUGCUUCCUUGGCCUUUAUCCCCUUGGCUUUCCUAGACACUGCCCUGUGCUGGUGGAUAUUUAUUAGCCUGACUCAAACAAUGAAGCUAUUAAAACUUCGGAGGAACAUUGUAAAACUCUCGCUGUACCGACAUUUCACCAACACCCUUAUCAUGGCAGUGGCAGCAUCUAUUGUGUUUAUCAUCUGGACAACCAUGAAGUUCAGGAUAGUGACUUGUCAAUCGGAUUGGCGGGAGCUGUGGGUGGACGAUGCCAUCUGGCGGUUGCUGUUCUCCAUGAUCCUCUUUGUCAUUAUGGUUCUCUGGCGACCAUCUGCAAACAACCAGAGGUUUGCCUUUUCACCUUUGUCUGAGGAAGAGGAAGAGGAUGAACAAAAGGAACCCAUGCUGAAAGAAAGCUUUGAAGGGAUGAAAAUGAGAAGUACCAAACAAGAACCAAAUGGAAAUAGUAAAGUAAACAAAGCACAGGAAGAUGAUUUGAAGUGGGUAGAAGAAAACGUCCCUUCUUCUGUGACAGAUGUAGCACUUCCAGCCCUUCUUGAUUCAGACGAGGAACGAAUGAUCACACACUUUGAAAGAUCCAAAAUGGAGUAAAGAGUGGGAAGAUGUGCAGUUGAAGAUGCUCGUAUCUGGGAAGAGAUCAUCUUCUGUCAAUCCUCUGCACUGCUCCAUGGAUUGAAGGAGGCAAUGACAUCCUGAUCUGUUCCUUGAUCUUUGUGCUUUGGAGCUGGCGAGAGGUGUCAGAACUAGAACAUCUUAUUGAAUGAUGUUCAUAGGAUGAAAAAAUUCUGCAAGUUUCUUAUUUACAACAUUGAUGCCCCAUUCCCUCCCACACCCUCACAUGGAUGUUGAUGCAACUUAUGUGUGUUCUUCCUGAACCUUCUAUGAUGUUUAAAUUGUUUAAUCUGUCAAACUAAAAAGUUCAACAUCUUUUAAAAAAUGUGACAUCACCACCAUAACAUGUAAUCUCCAGGAGCAACUGCCUGCGAUUUUUAUUUAUUUAGGGAGUUACAUAGGUGAUGGGGAAAUUGUUAAUUAUCUUUCCGUUUCCUGGGAAGCCAAGGUUACAUCUUGAAGAGGUAGUUUUGAGGAAAAAAAGUCCUUAUGACUUGAGCCAUGGUUCUACCAAUAAUUAAAAGAAAGAAAAAAAAAAAGAGAGAGCGAGGGAGAGAAAGAAACUGUUACAGUGUAAUCCAGAUAAUUUUAAAAAGCAAAAUCAAGUGCAAUUUUGUUUACAAAUGGUAUAUAUUAAAGAUUUUUCUAUUUCAGAUGUACUUUAGAGAAAAAAUAUUAGCUUAACUCUUUUGACAUCUGCUAUUGUGACACAUCCCAUUGCUGGCAAUGUGGUGCACACUCCAGAACUUUUAACUACUGUUUUGUAAGCCUCAAGGCAACAUUGCAGACUCCAGACAUUGCUUUGUUUGCCUUCAUUUACUGGGUGUUGCACUAGAUGCAGAGAGGCACACCAUCUAAGUGCUUGUGAAUGAGCACCCUGUUAAAAACUCUAAUUCUUCAGAAGCAGGAGCCAAUACAAAGGAAACAGGUCCUUCUGGUUUAAGUUUUGCUGCAUGAAGUAGUAUGGAGACCCUGGACUGCUGCUCAUUCUUUAGGGUAAACGGUUCUUGUAUUUGGUGUUGGUUUAGAGACUGUUUAUAAGAGACAUCACAAGGUGAUGGGAUUCAUUUGAAGCACUCUAUUUCUGUUUUAAUGGUUUUGUCUACUUUUGCCUUCCAAGAGUUUUGUUCUACAUAGAAAGUUCAUGCCGUUUUUUAAUAUAAAAAAUUUUAACAAAAUUA